AAUGUCUGGCAGAAUGGCGAACCUGACGGACGCAACAUCACUGCAGCAAUUUGACCAAUUAUUGAAAAAUAACUGCAAGUCCCUCACCGUCAUCCAUUUUCACGCGCCAUGGGCUCCGCAGUGCUCGCAGAUGAACGAAGUGAUGGCAGAGUUGGCCAAGGAACACAAACACACCAUGUUCGUAAAGCUGGAGGCAGAGGCAGUCCCUGAGGUUUCAGAGAAAUAUGAGAUCGCUUCAGUUCCCACAUUCCUCUUCUUCAAGGGCGGUGAGAAGAUUGACAGGUUGGAUGGUGCACAUGCCCCUGAGCUGACCAAUAAGGUGCAGAGGUUGGGGUCCGGUGGGGGCGGAGCUGCAGGGGUGGGGGACGUCACUAAAGAGGAUCUCAACGAGAGACUGAAGAAGCUGAUCAACGCCGCAUCCUGCAUGCUCUUCAUGAAAGGAUCGCCCCAGGAGCCUCGCUGCGGUUUUAGUCGUCAGAUUGUUCAGAUCCUGAAAGAUCACAGCGUACAGUACAGCAGUUUUGACAUCCUCUCCGAUGACGAAGUCAGACAGGCACUCAAGACUUACUCCAACUGGCCGACUUAUCCGCAAAUCUACGUCAACGGAGAACUCGUCGGAGGACUGGACAUUUUGAAGGAGCUGGUUGAGUCCGGUGAGAUCGAGAAUACUUUCCCCAAGACCGUCUCGCUGGAACACAGGUUGAAAUCACUGAUCAAUAAAUCAUCCGUCAUUCUCUUCAUGAAGGGCAACAAACAGGCUGCCAAGUGUGGGUUCAGUCGUCAGAUCCUUGAAAUAAUGAACGGCACGGGGGUUGAAUAUGAUACAUUUGACAUACUGGAAGAUGAAGAGGUUCGACAAGGAUUAAAGAGUUACUCCAAUUGGCCGACAUACCCGCAGCUGUAUGUUAAAGGAGAUCUGAUUGGAGGACUGGAUAUAGUAAAGGAGUUGAAGGAGAACGGUGAGCUGGUGUCUGUGUUGAAGGGGGAGAACUGAAGCGUACCAUCAUGAAAGAAAAUGAAGAUCAAAUCACUGAUAUACACAUACACAGAUGCACACAUGAACCUCAGGACUUCAGUUUGUCUUAUUCCAUCCAAGUUGAACCUUUAUGGAGUCAUUGUCAAAAAUCCAUCAGCACUUUAUUGAACCUGUAAAUCCAAUAAAGUCUGUUUCUUUCACCA